AAUUAGGGCGUAUAUCCACUCUUUGGGAAUCCGGAAAUACGUUAAUGUUUGUAAGAAGUCCCUCCUUUAGUUUAGUUUAGUCUAAAACAUCACCACCAGCCCUCCGGUUAGCUCCUGUCCAUCAAUGGCCGAUACAACCGCGAAUACGCAGGGCCAGACUACGCCUUCUAUGAAGGAUGAAGGUGCGGCGAACAACCCGGACUACACCGCUUUCGUCUUAGUGCCUGUCUUCUUCCUUCUCGGCCUGUUGGGGGUGGUGAUCUGCCACGUGUUGAAGAGGAAGGGCUAUCGGUGCACCACUGAGGCCCACGAUGGGGAGGAGGAGUGUGAGGAGGAAGAAAAGGAUCCGGAGCUGGGCGGAGACAUGAAUGACACCCUCAGUGAAAACAACGACACGGUGGGGCAGAUUGUCCACUACAUCAUGAAGAAUGAAGCAAACUCGGACGCCCUGAAAGCCAUGGUUCAUGAAACCAGCAUCGACUCUGAUGGCCCUCCGCUCACCCCCACCUCUCCCGGCACCCCUCCGAUGACUCCCACAUCCCCGGGUGCGCCGGCAGGAGCCCUCAAGCACACCUGCAACCACCUGCACACCAUCGGCGGCUUCGGCGGCCACAAGAACAUCUGCAACCGCUGCAGCCAGAAGAAAUGGCCGCUGAUGAGGAGGCCGUCGCCCCGCAAGACGGAGCAGCGCCGCAGCCAAGAGGUCACGGUCCUGGCUGUGGGCAGGUUCCGGGUGACUAAGUGUGAAAAACCGACCAGGGAGAGGCGGACGCUGCUAAUAUCAGACUCCAAUGGGAGCGUUCCUGCGUCUCCUACGGAGACGGAGCCCAAGAGCCGGACGACGUCCGAGUCCCAGCAGGAGCAGCCGGACAACUUGGACAAAGAGAACCGGUAGCAGGAUCCAGAGGAGCGGGGGAAAAAAACACAACAACAUCUGGACAAAACCCAAACGAGAACAUUCAAAAUAUCAGCGCUUGAGGAGCGCAGGCGACCAGGAAGUCGUCCCUCCACACUCCUGCUCCAUGGGGAGUCAAAAGGGCUGCUGAUGAUGGUGUAGACAGUGGCGAGAGCGACAUACAGAGUCAAACCAGCCACAUUUUACAAGCAGAAAGGGGGGUACGGUGUGUCUAUUUGGGACGCGCUCCAUUCCCUCUUAAAAUAGAAUCAAAAUAGUGCCUUGCUUACGAGCGUGUAAGCAAGGCGGCUGCUUAAUGUCAAGGGAGCCUGAACGAGGGCUUUCCCAAUGAACUACGGUCUUGUUACUCAAUAUGUCGAUGAUGUGUUUACAUAUGUUUUUGUAAGUGGAGGUAAAAAAAAAAAUCAGAUAAUAGAAAAAACGACACCCCAGGAACGGAUACAGCUAAAGGCUGAGGCUAAAUUCUAGGU